AUGGAUUAUAUGUCAGUAUCAUCUUUAUUGCCAUUAUCGACAUCAUCAUCAGCAACAGUGUGGGAAUGUGAAUCAUGGGAUAAUUUUUUGCACAAGAUGGAUUGCCCUUCUAUGUUUAGAUGUAGAUGUUCUACUGAGUUUUUGUCUUCAUGUAAUGGCUUGGUAUGGACACGUUGUAUUUCAUGUGGUAUCUGCGAAGAGGAAUUUUAUAUCUGGAAUCUGUCAACCAGAUCGUACAAGAACAUACCCAUGGCGCCGCGACAAGUAAACAACGAUGAGGUUGAUGGAUAUGGAUUUGGUUAUGAUUUCAAGACUGAGGAUUACAAAUUGGUAAGGGUUGCUAGCGACCCGGCUUCUUCAAAGUGUUCUAUUGUUGAUGUUUAUACAUUAGAAUCAAAUUCAUGGAAAUGCAGUCAAAUCAUACCAUACCGUGUUUUUGAAAAUGGACAUAAUGGUGAAGGAAUGCUUUUUAAUGGAAGUAUUCAUUGGCUUGCGCUUUCCUCUGAACAAGGCUCCACAAUCGUACUUAUCUGUUUUGAUACUGUGAAUGAGAGAUUCGAGGAGGUAGCACUACUGCUGGAAGCCCCGAUGCCAAAUCCAGAAGAACCUGAAGCAAAUAUGUUUAAUAUAAAUUUGGGAAUAUUGGGAGGUUGCAUAUGUUUAGUUUUACAUUUUUUUGAUGUCCAGGUUGAUGUAUUGACGAUGCAACAAUAUGGAGCGAAUGAAUCCUGGACUAAAAGCUUUUCCAUCACCGAGAAGAGUAUUACUAGUAGGAGGCAUGUGGAGUUAUUAUGGAUCUUCAAGAAUAAUGAAAUCUUAUGGCAAGUCGAUCAAGGGUUCGUUUUAUACGACCCAAUCAACGAAACAUACAGAAAACUGAUGUUGGAUUCUCAGAUAACUGGAAGCCUAAAUAUAUCAUGCAGUGAUGAUAUGGUUAAUCCAUUUUUGCUUAACUAA